AUGCUGCUGCUGAUGCUGCUGCUGAUGCUGCUGAUGCUGCUGCUGAUGCUGCCUGCUGCGCUUGCUGCUGCUGUGAAGCAGCAAGAACAAACCCCAGCAUCUAGGGGGGAGAAGGGGGCCCUUAUAAAGCAAGAGGAGGGGCCCCCCAAAGAGGUACAGUUGCUGCAGAGGAAGGGGGGCCCCCAGCAGGAGAAGGGGGCCCCCAAGAAGGAGACAGGGGCCCACAGCGAGGAGACAGGGGCCCCCCAACAGGAGAAGGGGGCCCCUAAAGAGGGGGCCCCCAAGGAGAAGAAAGAGGGGGCCCCCAAAGAGGAGGAGGAGGGGGCCCCUAAAGAGAAGAAAGAGGGGGCCCCCGAAGAGGAGGAGGUGGGGGCCCCUAAGGAGAAGAAGGGGGCCCCUAAGGAGGUGAAGGGGGCCCCUAUGGAGAAGAAGGGGGCCCCUAUGGAGGAGAAGGAGGGGGCCCCCAAGGAGAAGAAGGGGGCCCCCAAGGAGGAGAAAGAGGGGGCCCCCAAGGGGGUGGGCAGAAGGGCUAGUAUGCAUAAGGAGCAGCACACUGUUCACUGGGAGGUGACAGGGGGGGCCCCCAAGGAGGAGGAGGAGAAAGAGGAGAAUAAAGAGAGACAGCUGGAGGGGGCCCCCAAAGAGAUAGAGAAUACGAAGAAGGAGGUGGGGGGCCCCCUAGUAGGGGGCCCCCCGUCAACUGUAGAAACAGCUGAAGAGGACAGGGGCCCCCAAAAGGGAGAGGGGGUUCACAUGCUGCAACAGAAAGUGCAGAGGGGGGCCCCUAAAGGAGAUGGGGGCCCACAACAGGGGGGCCCCCAGGAGGCUGCAGGGGCCCCUACGGAGCAGGGGGCCCCCAAGGAGGAAGGGGCCCCCGCAAGCGAAGAAGCGGAGAGGGAUAGAGGGGUAGGGGGGCCCCCUAUAGAGAGGGAUGAGAAGCCGCAACAGAGAGAGGGGGCCCUUAAAGGGGUUGCAGAUGCAAAAAACAAAAAAACAGAAAAAAAAGAAAAAGAGAAAGAGGGGGCCCCCAAAGAAGCAGAGAAAGAGAAAGCUCCUAAACAGGAAAAAGUGGAGGGGGCCCCUAAAGAAGGAGAAGAGGGGGCCCCAAAAGAAGAAAAGGGGGCCCCUAAAGAAGAAGAGGGGGCCCCUAAAGGAGGAGAAGAGGGGGCCCCUAGAAAGGAUGAGCCGGUAGGGGGCAACGCGUUGAAGGGCGAGGAUAAAGAAGAGGCAUUAAGGGGGUCUGCACACACCAAGAGAGAAGGGGCCCCCAACGGUGAGGGGGCCCCCAAAGAGGUGGGGGCCCCUAAGGAGAAAGAGGUAGUCUCUAAGGAGGUGGGGGCCCCCAAGGAGAUGGGGGCCCCUAAGGAGAAGGGGGCCCCCAAGGAGGAGGGGGCCCCCAAGGAGGAGACUCAGGGUGAGGGGGCCCCCCAUAGAGAUAGAAAGAAGGCGGUAGGGGCCCCCUUGAAGGGGAAAGAAGGGGUAUCAGCAACAACCCCAACCAGGGGCCCCCAUCCAUCGGCAACUCUACCACAGCGUGCCACCCCAGGGGGCCCCCCAGGGGCCCACGCAGGGGGCCCCGUAAGGGCCCCCAGCAGCACGAACCCACAGCGUGUCACCCCAGGAGGCCCCCCAGGGGCCCACGCAGGGGCCCACCCAGGGGUCUCUGCAGGGGGCCACCCAGGGGUCUCGGCAGGGGGCCCCGUAAGGGCCCCCAGCAGCACAACCCCGUUGGAAAAGAAGCCGCUCGAGCAGAGGUCUAGAAGUAUGCUGCACUCGGUGCCCUUGAGGCGGGAAGGAACCAGCACAGCAGCUGGGGGGGCCCCCCAGGCGGGGCUGAGGAGGGGCCUCUCGCACGGAAUGGAGGCCCCCAAGGCUCUGCCAAAGAGGUGGAGAUGA